AUGAUUCGGGCGCUUCUCCAAGAUUGCCAUCUUCGGCCGCGUAAAUACAACAGGGUUUUGAGCCAGGCGGUUACAAAUUGCGUCGAACUCAUCGGUGAGGACGGAGUCACGCAUUUACAACAAGUGAUUAAUAAACGGGCCAGAAACCUGCGAGCAACAAGAGAUGCCGAGCUGGCGGUCAAGCUCCAGAGUAUAAGCCAAUCAUCUCAAGAGGAGAACGAAGUCCUGGUGCACAACAUGUCCUCUAAGCAGCUGACCCCUGCAAAAAUGAAAGCGCUGAGUCAUGAGGCCUGCUUUAACACCACAGACGCCGAUCCGGUCAAUCUCGUGGCCACGGUUGAGUCGAUUCUCAAACAAACCGGGGAAUCCGACGAAACAAAGCAACUCAUUCGACAGCAGGUAACCUCCUUGGCGAUGGCGCACAAACCACGUGCAGCUAUUACCAAGGCCGAGCAGAGUGCUCUCAAGACACUGAGGGCUGACACCAGCAUCGUGAUUCUACCAGCAGACAAAGGGCGCUCCAAAGUUGUGAUGGAUAAGGCAGACUACAGUCACAAAGCCAAUGCCCUACUGGAGGACCGACAGGCGUACCUACCAUGUAACGAUGAACCGAUGAGGAAGCUGGUGACGCAACUGGACAAGACCCUCGCCGACAUGCAAACCAGCAAGACAAUAAAUAAAUCGGUACGACUGGCCAUUCAGCCAGUAGACGCGGCCGCACCACGCUUUUACGGACUGCCAAAGGUACACAAAGCCGGGGUGCCCCUCCGGCCAAUCGUAUCAUUGCGCGGCGCACCUACAUUCAAUUUGGCUAAAUGGCUGUUCCGAAACCUGAGGUCUCUCACCUCGGUCGCGGGCACGACGGUCUGUUCAGCGACUCAGUUCCUGGACCGGAUCAAAGGGAUGAGACUUACCGAAGACGAGGUCAUGGUGUCAUUCGACGUCACUUCUCUUGUCACUUCGAUUCCGCAAGACCUGGCAGUCGAAACGGUCAGCGAGCUGCUCGAGAGUCAGUACGACGAGACGGGCGUGACGAUAAAACGGAGACAUCUCGUCCAAUUGCUUAGAUUCUGCCUGAAGACGUACUUUACCUUCGAAGGUACGACCUACGAGCAGGUCAAGGGGACGCCGGCCCCCGAUGUAGAUUGA